GAGUUCGGGAGCAGAAAAAACGAGGCAUCACCGCCCUCACUUUACGGGGUGCACCAUUUCACUCCUAUCCGCCCGGUCGUGUGCGUAAAAAGGCAACGCGGGAGCACAAAAAACACGGAACCCGGUAACGGAAUCUCUUCGGAAGUUGAUGGCUAUGUGUGACAACCAGACUCCUACAUAGUUUUUCCGUUCAAGUUUUUAAAGAUCUGCAGACGCCAAUGGUUUUACCGACCGUAGGAUGGGAUUGACCCGGUCUGGCAGGUGCAUCUCCCUGAUUAUAGCUGUCCACUUGGCUUACCUGCUGCAAGCAGUGCGAGCCACGGGGAGAUGUGAUACAGUGUUUAAGGGCUUCUCCAACUGCCUGCUUCAACUGGGCGACAACAUGGCCAGCUACCCGCAGGAGCUCGAGGAGAAGGAGAACUUACAGACGAUCUGCACAUACUGGGACGACUUCCACUCCUGCGCCACCACCGCGCUAGCAGACUGCCAUGAAGGAGCGACAGACCUCUGGGAAAAACUGAAGAAGGAGUCCAGAAACCUCGAGUUCCGCGGGAGCUUGUUUGAACUCUGUGGAGGCGGUAAUGGAGCGCCCAAAUCCACCGCUCCCCGUGGCCUCACCCUGCUCCUAACGGCACUUUCCGCCCUAGUGACUUGGCUUGCAUUUUAAGAAAAACAUACAAAAGUAAAAGCGACAAAAUAAACAAAUAAACAAAUAAGAAGAAGAA